UAGCCCUGGCGGGUUUCAAGGGCAAACAUAGCCGAAGUGAGUGCUGACGUGCUCCGAUGCCACAAAUAAAAUAUCCUCUUUGUUAUUGUUGUGUACUUGGUGGACAGCGAUGAGAUGCCGUCACAGCAGCACGCAGCCAAGUUCAUUGGCACGGCGUGGCGACGUGGCCCGCCCUGGCCCGCGCCGCGCCCGCUGCCAACCAUGACUCUCAAUUCGACAAUUACCUUCGUUAUUUUGGACUCGGCCCGGCGAACUUCCGCAGUUUCCUAAUUGCUCGUCGCUCGGCCAUUACUGUUGCGUCGCCUGAUCCCCACUAGGAAUGGAAACUACAUAGGUACAUGUAAGACAUACUUACCGCCUUUAUAAGUAUUCUAUGGACAUAAUUACAGGAAAGUUUCCAUAAUAUCUGUGGCGUGCGACUGGUGCAACUCGCAGAUUCAAUUUUAUGAUUGUUAAAUAGUUGUCGUAUAGGUAACAGAACAUAACUCGUGGAUGUGUGUUGUUACGUAACACAGAGAUAAGUAUGUACCAUUAAUCAGUAGUUAUCGCGUUGUUGCGAGGCAGCGACGACGACGACGGCUUAAAAAAUCAGGAAGACGUUGUUACCCAGUUACUACGUCGCUUCAUAUUUACUAAACAUUAUGUUGAGUAAAAAAUCUUGUGUAGUCUUAUUUUGGUGUUGUUGACCAAAUUGGUUUCAGAUGCGUAGGUGGUAUAACUAUCAGACACUCAACAGUAUAAAUUCUGCACAGAAUCGAUAUGCAGCUCUCAUGGUUAUGAUGCAAUUUUUCAAAAAUAGAUACAGUGGGUGUAGCGCUGGUGAUUGAGAUGGGGGGAUGGCUACAUGCGGCACUUAUGUGCAGCGCUGACGGCUGAUGCAAGAACGCGCGUGGCCGUGUCAGACACGUGUAUUCGCGCUUAUUAUGUUACAUGGGUAUUCAGACGUCUUCAACUUUGACAUUUAGCCAUUUCAGCGCGGCUGCCCGAGUUCGGCUCGCUGCCACAACUCGAAGCCAUUAUUGCGUACAAUAUACGCUUGUGAAAGGCAAAUCUUUAGGGCGCAGUCUUGUUGCAAAUUUGCUCAAGCACUUGUCGUGGCAUAUAGAUAUAGGCCGAUUUUAUCGACUAUAAUUUUAAACCUAGCUUAGAUUGAGACAUUGCAGUUUAGCACGUACUGCAACGGCGGCGACCUAGCGGACUACCUGCAGGCGAACCGGCUGCUCAGCGAGGGCACCAUCCGCCUGUUCCUGCGGCAGCUGGCGGAGGCCAUGCGCGCCAUCCACGCGAAGGGCAUCGUGCACCGAGACCUGAAGCCGCAGAACAUCCUGCUCACACACAACGUGGCGCCGCCGCGCACGCCGCACCCGGCAGAAAUCACACUCAAGAUAGCUGACUUCGGGUUCGCGCGGUUCCUCGAGGAGGGCAACAUGGCCGUCACGCUCUGCGGCUCCCCUAUGUACAUGGCGCCAGAAGUGAUAAUGUCGCUAAAGUACGACGCCAAGGCGGACCUCUGGAGCCUGGGCACCAUCGUGUACCAGUGCCUCACGGGCAAGGCGCCGUUCCAGGCCACCACGCCGCACGAGCUCAAGGCCUUCUACGAGAACAGCAUAGACCUGCAGCCCAAAAUGCCGUCUGGCACGAGUCCGGAGCUGUGCAACCUGCUGAUUGGUCUGCUCCGGCGGAAUCCGCGCGAGCGCAUGCCCUUCGAGGUGUUCUUCAACCACCCCUUCCUGCAGAGGCCGCGAACUACCUCCAUCAACAGUUUGGACUCGGAGCUUCUCGACAUAUUGGAGCGCGCGCCCGACGCCCGGCUCGACUCGAACCGCUGGGUGGACGAGGCCUGCGCGCGCCCGGCGGCGUCCCGGGCAACGCCGCGCGACAUCCCGCGCCCCGCGCCCGCGCCCGCCCCGCAGCCCACCGCUACAGUUAGCAGGAAACCACCGCCGACGUCCUCCGCAGAGUCAUCAGAUACGACUUGGGGGGGCGAGGAUGAUUUCGUGCUGGUGGAAGCGUCAGAGGGAGAGGGCGGCAGCUGUGCGUCCUCUUCUGGCUCAGAAGCGGCGUCACGCCCGCGCUCGCUGCCCCUCACCGCGCCGCCCCCGGCGCAGCCCUCCACCAAUCAGCUGCAACUACGGGGCGCCGCCGCCGCCGCACCGUCUAGUGCGAGUGUGCCGCGCUCGCAGCCCAUCCUCAUGCGCCGCUCCAACCACUCGCGGCACUCCAACCUCGGCUCCUUGUCUCCGCCCUCUGUGCCGCUGACGAUGGGCACGCCGCCGUCGACGCGGCGCCGCAGCGCGUCCGGCUCGUCGCCGCCGCCCAGCCUGUGGCAGGUGUCGCCCACCAGCGCCAGCCCGCUACGACGAUCAGGCUCGUCCCCGCCAGUGUCGCUGGCGCUGCGCGCGUCGGGCGAGUCGUCCCCGAAGCGCGCGGCCACGCUGCCCGACGCCCUGCUGCGGGGGCUGAAGAUGAGCGACCCGCCCGUCUACAUACCCAAUCUGCAGGAGGAGACUAUACUCGCUGAGGAGCACAGCAAGGUGUUCUCGCAGCUGAACUUCGUGCUGAUGCUGGCGGAGCUGCUGUCCGACCUGGCCGUGUCGUGCGGCGCGCCCAUCGCCGCGCUCAUGGACAACUCGCACGAGCGCAGCAACGACAGCGUGCGCCUCGGGCUGCUGGUGCAGGCCAUGCAGGCGCUGGCCGCGGGGCUGCGCCUCGCCGCCGCGCGCUACCGCGACCGCGCGCUGCAGCCCACGCCGCAAGUGCGCAGCGUGGUGUCGCUGAUGAACGGCAAGUACAAGUGGAUCCUGAACGAGUCGCGGCGCCUGCACGAGGCCGGCGUGGCGCCCGCCGUCUGCGACAAGAUCCUCUACGAACACGCCAUCGAACUGUGCCAGAUGGCGGCUCUCGAGGAGUUGUUCGGCGACAUGAAGGAGUGCGAGCGGCGCUACAUGUCGGCGCAGGUGCUGCUGCACUCGCUGGUGCAGCGCCACCCGCUGCACCCGCACCACCGCACCACGCUCUCCAAGUACCGAGACGCGGUGCAGCGGCGGCUGAACUGCCUGAAGGGCCCGCGCAAGCUGAUGGACGUGCGGCUCGAGGCGGGCGUCUCGUAAUGCCGCCCCCAGCCCGACUAGUAUUAACGCGCCCCCCGCGCCAACAGAAGUGAUUUUAUUUUGUUCUGACUUGCAGUGAGAAAAUAUUAAAAUAAACAAAAAGAAGAAUACGAGGUGUGAAUGACAACUACUACUAUUAUUAAUUAUUAUUUCGUUUUAGCAAUGAAGAUUACCAGAGAUUGCAAUAGUGAAUUAUAUUUUUUUAUGAGGCGGAUGUGAUGAGUCAUGUAAAUCAGUAGAAUAUUAGAGUUUCCUAGUACACCUUAGUGAUGAUUACGAAUCUGCUUUGAAGAUAAUGGAUAUAAGUAGUUAUUUAGAUUGUGUGCAUCCCUUGAUGAUAUGGUUGUAAAAUGUGUAAGAUUUGUAAAUUUAGUACAACUAAGAUUUUUCUGGUUUGAAGUCGCAAUGUCAUGUUUAUUAAAUAUUAUAAACAUCCAUGUAUAAAGAUAUAAAAAAAUAUUUUUUCAGUCGUUAACGUGGUAGUGUUAAAAUGAAAAAAUGAUACAAAAAAAUAGUAUAGAGAACGUAGUAUUGUUUCCAAAAACAUCUCAUAUAACUAGUAAAUUAACAUUUUAUUAUUACUACUCGUAGUGUAUUAUAAAUGGAAAUUAUGAAGUAAUAAUAUCUCGGAAUAGACAUAAUGCUAUAGAGAUCUCAUUAUUGACCAAUAACAAUACGGCAUUUUUAGGUUAAGAAUUACGUUUUACUAUAUUCUUGAAGACAUUGAAUUACUUAGGUGAAAUUUCAAAUAAUUAUAUUUCUCUCAUCUAUAGUACCAAGUUAUUAUUUUGCCAAAUUGUGAUCAUAAUUUAUGUAUUUCCUCACAAAUAAUGUUCAAUGCUUUACUGACAUAAGAAUAAAGACUGUUGUAUUAUAAAAUUAAUUUGUUUUGUUUUAAUAAAUUCUUAUUUUUAACAUCAUAA